AUGACAAAGCUGAAGGGAGGAACAAGACCACCAUGGGUAGGACUUGGAGCUGCAGUAUGGGUUCAAAUAGCAGUAGGAAGUGCUUACACAUUCCCACUCUAUUCAACUUCCUUCAAAUCCGUUCUUGGUUUCAACCAAACACAAGUUUCUCUUCUUGGUGUUGCCAAUGAUAUUGGGGAGAACGUUGGUCUUCUUCCUGGUAUUGUUUGCAACAAGUUCCCUCCUUGGCUUAUGCUUUUCUUAGGUGGUCUCUUUUCUUUCCUCGGUUUUGGUCUUCUAUGGCUUUCUAUCUCCCAAACACUUCCCUCACUUCCUUUUCCUCUGCUAUGGUUUGCACUUGUUAUUGCUACCAACAGUUGUGCAUGGUUAAGCACUGCUAUUCUUGUGACAAACAUGAGAAAUUUUUCUGCAAGUAGAGGCACAGUUGCAGGAAUACUAAAAGGUUAUGGAGGGAUCAGUGCUGCAGUUUUCACCGAAAUCUUCAGGGCACUUCUUCACAAUUCUUCUUCUAAUUUCCUCUUGUUCCUUGCCAUCGGGAUUCCUGUUUUGUGCUUCACUGUAAUGUUUCUCGUUCGUCCUUGUACACCGGUUUCCGGUGAGAGUUCUUCGGAAAAAUGGCAUUUUCUUUUCAUCCAAGGUUCAAGUGUGGCCUUAGGUGUAUAUUUACUUGUAACUACGACACUCGAUUACAUUGUCCAUAUAAAUUCUACUGUGUUUUAUGUUUUGGUGGCUGUGAUGAUUCUUCUUCUCAUGGCUCCACUUGCUAUUCCUGUAAAGAUGACACUCUUUCCUCAAAAACUCACUCAACCAGAAGAAAAUGAGAUAGGUGAUAGAAGAGAAGAAGAAGAAAACGCGAAACCACUUUUACAGACUUCGUCGGCUACUGCUCUUGGUAGUUUCAAUGACGCUGAUGGUUCAUCUGAGAUUGGUAUGCUUCUUGCUGAGGGUGAAGGAGCAGUAGUACCUUCGAAAAAGAGAAGGCCUAGAAGAGGGGAAGAUUUUACGUUUUUGGAGGCAUUGGUUAAGGCCGAUUUCUGGCUUUUAUUUUUUGUUUACUUCGCCGGUGUUGGAACUGGUGUUACUGUGAUUAAUAAUCUGGCUCAAGUAGGUGCUGCUCAAGGUGUUGAAGAUAUCACUAUCUUACUCUCGGUUUUCAGUUUUUUCAAUUUCGUGGGACGCCUUGGUGGAGGAGUUGUUUCUGAACAUUUUGUCCGGACGAGAACGAUCCCACGGACGGUUUGGAUGACAUGCACACAGAUAAUUAUGAUAAUCUUGUACCUUUUAUUUGCAUAUGCCAUCAAAGGAACACUUUAUCCAGCAGUUGGAUUUCUCGGCAUCUGCUACGGCGUACAAUUUUCUAUACUGAUUCCAACAGUUUCAGAGCUUUUCGGUUUGAAGCACUUUGGUUUAUUUUUCAACUUCAUGUUGUUAGGUAAUCCACUUGGUGCAUUACUUUUCUCAGCGCUUCUAGCCGGCGGUAUAUAUGACAGUGAGUUAGCAAAGCAACAAGCGCUCGGUCUCGUUGCUUCAAGUGUUUCGUGUAUUGGUCCAGAUUGUUUUAAGGUUACCUUUCUCGUACUUGCUGCUGUGUGUGUUGCUGGUGCAAUCUCCAGCAUCAUCUUAACCUUAAGAAUUAAGCCGGUUUACCAAAUGCUUUACGCCGGUGGCUCUUUCAGGCUGCCUCAAAUAACAUGCCAAUGA